GGCAUGCAGACACAACGAUAUAUAUAUGAUAAUAUCAGUCAUGUCAAACUUUUAUUUGCACUACCAUAGUUUACAAGGAUAACUAAGAAUUCAAUUUCAUCUUCACUCCUACCUUAGAUAAAAGUUGUGUCCAACGCCCCACUGAUUGAGUGAGAUACAAACAUACCACUUGUGUAUUAUUGGUUUAUCAAAGGGAUAAUUUUGUAAAAUGUGCAUUUAUGUACACAAAUGUGAAGGAAGAAAGAUCUUUUCAGUAAAAUACAAAGGAGCACUAGGUCAAACUUAGAGUGAAGUUAUCUAUAUCUACAUAUAAUCCUGGUGAAUGGAUGAAUGAGUGAAUGAUUAACGAACAACUGUUCAGUAUGUUUUUAUCAUUUUACCAGUUUGAUUUUUUAAAUAUUUGCUGAUGAAGUAAAGAUACGAACAGUGAAUACCAUAGAAGGCUGCCCUAUGGACACAAACUUGUCAACAAAGAAGUAAUCAUUGCCUGUUGCCAAAAUAUGGAACAGAUAUAUUCCAGAAUUUUAAGUAGAAAAAAAAUUAAACAGUUAAUUUGUAUAUUGACAUAUGUAUGAGUAUGCGCACCUACAUAACUUAGGGAUAAAAUACUGUAUGAGCUAUUCUGAAUAGUUCUAUGUUGACUCUUACAAUUUAUGAUGUCAGCUCCCCGUGGAUUAAAAAUCUAUAUACAUGUACAUACAGAUAAUAAUAAAAAUUAACUAGAUAUCCCAAAUGAUCUAUGUAAGUAUCUGUCAUACACUUGUGAGCAUAACACUGGAAUUAGUCAAUUUUCAAGCAUUGUAAUUCUAUAGCCAGGAUUAAUUAUAGGCGAAAUAACAAUGAAUUUAUACAACUACAUGUUACAUUUUACCAAUGUCUUUCAAAUUCUUUUCAUCAUCUCUUCUAUAUACGCUAAUGCACAGUUUACUAUGGAGCAUUUCAUCACUGAAGAAUGCCCACCUAAUACAUUGGUUGGUAACUUGAAUAGUAUUCCAUUUAAUACAAUAACUCAGUCACAACAUUCAUUCAGUACUUUUCAGCUGUUAUCACACAAUGUAAACUUUUAUUUAAAUGAAUCAACAGGAUUACUGUAUACACGUGGUCGUAUUGAUCGUGAGACAAUUUGUCCCGACAGUACAAUAACUAGUAGUGAUAGUGGUGGUCUUAUCAGUAAUUCUCAUCUGCAUUCAUCAAACAGUAAUAAGCUGAAAGAAAUUGAUCAACUUUUGAUGAAUGAAGCAAAUCAUUUAAACAUUAUGGAACAUAUUCCACGAUCAAGUUGCGAUGUAUUACUUCAGGCCUUACAAUUUAUGCAUAACCCUAAUUCACGUGAUAGUGAUGAUCAACAACAUCGAGUAAUUUUAAUAAAAAUAUUUAUUCUGGAUAUAAAUGAUAAUGCCCCAUCGUGGCAAGAGAAUAUCAUUCAAAUUAAUGUUCCAGAGCAUACACCAAUCGGUACAAGAAUACCUUUGCCAACAGCUAAUGAUCCGGAUUGUGGACCUAUUAAUACAACAGUCAGUUAUUCGGUACUUGAACAAAAUACAAAUCUUCAUUCUUCUGAUACAGAUACAGAAGUCAACUAUUUAGCUCGUAAUGCCUUUCAUUUAGACGCAGAAGUGAUUUCCAAUCCUGAAAUGAAUCAAAACGUAGUAUGGAAUUAUCAGACUAUUAGUUGUAACCCUCGAGUUUUUCGUCUAUGGCUUCGUAUUACGCAAGAUUUAGACUGCGAUGAUGACUCCGAUAAAUUGGAUGCUACAAACACAGCAAAGUUGUAUCCAUCAGAAACUGUUAAAGUCAAACAGCUAAAAUUAGCUUUAUUAGCUUCUGAUGGUGGUCAGCCGGUUAGUUUGACAGGUACUGUAAUUAUUAACAUAACAGUCACUGAUAUUAAUGAUCACUCACCUGAGUUUGUCACUCCAGACCGAUAUCAGCCUAAAGCCUCUAUUGGGUUAUCUUCAGUUCAGCUGCCAAGUGUCUAUUCUGAAAACGGAGAACUAUACAUACAAAUUCCUGAAAACACUCCUGCUGGACGUGUAGUCUACAAAGCACAGGCAGUUGACAGGGAUGAAUCAGAUAAAGAAAAACUUCGAUAUACACUGGGAACAUCGGCUGGUUUAGAUGUCAGAGAAACAUUUAGAAUAGAUCCGAAAUCAGGAGAAGUUACCCUUUUGCGUGCACCAGAUUACGAGACCCAUAGAUUACAUAUUUUGCCGAUAACCGUCACAGACGGUAAACACUUGAUCACCCAUAAAUUGAAUGUACGAAUUCAAAAUGUCAAUGAUCACCCUCCUAUAAUUUCAGUUCGCCCAGUUAUCAAACAAAAGCCGGUUAUGAUACCAUCAAGCCAGCCAAAUCGCCUAAAUAUUCCAAACUAUAUUCAUGGACGAACAGUUAUUUUGCAUGUGACGGAGCAUGAACCACCUGGUCAGUUAAUAGGAACUGUGACGGUGACAGAUGCUGAUGAACUUGUGGAUCCUAUUCCUACUAAAUCAGAUUUGCUAAUGGAAAGUAAUACACAACCAUUAAACUACCAGUAUCAAACUGGUGGUGCAGAUACGCCACUUAGUAUUAAUUGUCAGUUGAAUCAUAAUGGUUUAGUACUAGAACCAUUAUUUAAAGGUGCUAAAAAUCAGUUUAAACUGCUUACGUAUACAAGUUUCGAUAGAGAACAACAAGCUGACCAGUUUGUUACUUUAACAUGCUAUGAUUAUGGUCAACCGCCACUAUCUUCCCAAAUCGGAUUACGUCUCAUCAUUGAAGAUAUUAAUGAUCAUGGACCUCAGUUUAAACAAGAUAAAAUGGUUGCCCAUUUGAAGGAGAACAGUCCAUCAGGAACAAAAAUUUAUAAGAUUGAUGCCCAUGAUCCAGAUAUCGGUCCUAAUGCACUUCUAGGUUAUCGUUUAGAUGGACAACAUACAGAUGAUUUUAUGAUCGACUCAAAAACUGGUACAGUAACGAGUUUAAGACCAUUUGAUAGAGAGCAGAUAGAUCAUUUCAAUCUAUCAGUUAUUGUUUAUGAUCAAUCCGAGUGGGUAAUAUCAAAGGAUUACAAUAUUUAUAAUGAUAAUAUGACAAAAUUACCAACAGCAGUUGAUUUUUUCAGUCGUAAAGCACCGAAACAACAUAUUGUACAUGGUAACCUAUAUGUUUAUAUCGAUGAUGUCAAUGAUUGUGUACCAACAUUUGAAAAUUCAUUAUAUCAGUUAAGCGUAUCAGAAGAUGCAAAAAUUAAUCAUUUAGUUGGACAAAUUGAAGCAAAUGAUAGUGAUGCAACUGAAAUCAACAAUCAGAUUCAUUAUUUAAUCAAACCCCAAAUAGAAGGUCAAACAAUCCAUGAAUUCCGUGUAUCAACGAAAGGUUAUAUUUAUGUAGCUCGUGGUAAUUUGGAUAGAGAAAAAGUACCAGCUUAUAACUUUUACCUUGUUGCUAUGGAUUCCGGAUUGCCAACAUUAUCAUCUUCUACACAAAUUCACAUACAUUUAAUCGAUGUCAAUGAUAACUCACCACAAUGGAUAUUUCCCGCGCAUAAUCAUCAAAUUGUCAAUUUAACUAUUAAUGAACCAGUUGGUUAUCGUGUUGCUCAGUUGAUAGCUGAAGACCCAGACGAAAAUGAGAAUGGUGAAGUUACUUAUCGAUUGGUCCAGACAAGUUUUAUGUCUAAUAUACCUGAUAUUGUAGACAGAACUCCAGUAACAAGCCCCACAACACAUUCAGAGAACAACCUUAACAAUAAUGCAAAAAAUACACCCAAACAGGACAUACGAUACAUACCAACACAUAAUGUUGGUAAUCUAUUUGAGUUGGAUUCAAUAAGUGGAGCAAUUUAUGUUGGUCGGUCAAUGAGUAUAGAUGACAUCGGGUCAAUUAAGUUGGUUCUAGAAGCAAGUGACCAUGGUCGUCCAGCUAAGGUUAAUCAUCGGGUCCUACAAAUAGACAUCUUUCGUUAUUUAUCACAAACAAGUGCAUACUUACUCAGCGACAGUGACAGUGAUUUAGGUGGGGAUGGUGAACAUGGAAGGCAGAGGAAUACAGUUAUUGGACACGGAACCUACUUAGAAAAUGAUUUGAUCGUAAUUGUAAUUAUGGUCGCAGUAACACUAAUAAUCUCCCUGAUACUUAUUUUGGCAAUCCUGUUUUUACGCUGUGGUACAUGUACACAACGCAGUACAGUACAGUGCGAACAAAACGACCCUAGGUUCUACAGACAAACUCUAAAUCAUACACAUCACCUUGAGGAGGUGUUCAGAGAUUCGGGAAUGCUUGAAGCAGAUGGGUUGCUUUCACGAGGAGCUGAUCAUUUGUUAAGUGAUGGAAAUCGUCUUCGUCAUCCUUCCCAACCUACGGACUCAGACAAAAUGAUCAAAAGCUUUUUAUCGAAUUCAGACAGAAAUCAGUGGAUGUGUGCAACAUUAGACCCCAAGAAGCCUGAUACUUUAAGAUCACAGAAAUUAUUUAAUUCAAACCAUCCGUUUCAUCCAUCACCUACGAAAGUGAAUGAUUUUUCUAAUAUAAAAAGAGCAAGUCAAACUGGGACAAUCUGUCGCUUGAAGCGUGUUGAAGAGCGUCUCCUGGAUAAUUCAUCAGCUAAAAACUCUCCUGAUCAUGAACUUAAACUGCUUAUGGGACCGUGUCCAACAUUCAAACCAGCAAGUCAAGCUUGUUCAACGUUUAAGGCUAGCUGUUCACAACUUCCAAAUUAUCGUGUAAACUCUCCUUCAUAUAAAGAUCCUGGAUCGCUAAGAAAUUUAAAUUCUCCACAUGAAAUACCGGAAGAUGUGGAAAGUAUGGACAGUGGACAUGGAUGUAGCACAGACACAGCAGUGGUAGAAAACCAUUUAUCUAACUCCAGACCUCAUAGUUCAUUGAAUACGUUUCGCGUUAACAGUUCAACAAUGCGUCAAACACCAACUUGUUACUGUUCUCUUAAUGUUGAACAAUUAAAGAAUGCCUUAGUCACAAGAAGCCCAGAGUUAUUACCCUGUGAAACAAACGAUGUGACAUUAAAAGUGUUAGCAUAUCGUAAACGAAGUGGAACCUUACCACCGUGUUCCCAUCUUCUGAAUAAUGAUGGAAACAAAGAUGAAGAUGGUGCAGUUUCUACAAAUUUCUCAAAAAAAUUAAAUUCUGCAAAAUCAUCCGGUGAUCUUUUAAAAGUUGUUGAUGCAAAAUGUUGUCUUAAAAAUAAUACUGAACAACAGCCUAGAAAUCGUCUAUCCGUUUCAUGGCUAGAUACACAUGUGAACUGUAACAAAGAUCAAGAAUGCACUUCAAAUGAUGUCACAACUCUCUGUACUCCUACAGGUAGCCCUGAUUGUAAUAGCCUGAUCACUGGUAAUGACAAGAAUAGAACACCAGGUUCAAAUUUAGAUAGCGAAAAUACUAAAGGCGAAUGUCAAACCGAUAUGUCACAGUCUACUGAAGGUACAAUGAUUUUAUUCAGUCCAGUGGAUCCACUUGGUUAUGCCCAACUAAUUCAUACACAAUCAGAUGAACAAUUCACAUCACCACAGAAUAUUUAUACAAAAUUCCCUACAAGUUUUGUUUAGCCUAUAUGUAAAGAGAAAUGGACAAAGUAUGAUGGAAACAAAGAAAUCUACCUUAUUUAUCAUAAUAAAAUCUAAACAUAGAACUUUGAUCAGAAACUUUUUUUCUUUAAAGUUAACAUUAUUCAUACAAUGUAUCUUUUAAAAAUCACAGACUCUCACCAAACGAGCCUUCAGAAAUAACUGGUUGUUCACUUCGUUACUUUUUGUUUGCUGCAUUUUUACAUUGUCACCCCAUUUUUAGGGUGAUUUAAGUGCCGAUGAAGAAAAUUCAAUCACACUGGUAAAUUUACAAUCAUGAAAAGCAUAUACUUAUAUAUGAUAUGUAUGACAAGAAUAGAAAAAUGAAAAAUGAUUUUUAAGGAUAAAAAUAUUCCAUGCAUACGUAAAAAUAUAUAAUCAAGAUUGAAAUAUGACUAUUCAUCUAUACUUGUUUAUAUAAACAAAUUUGUGCUGUUAUUUCUAAGGUCUCAUAAUGUAUGUUUUCAAAAAAAAUAUACAGGAACAAGCAGUUUCUGCUAGAGCUACAUUUGAAAUGAACUGUACAAAUUACUUAUUAAACAAAUGACUGAUGUUAGUU